CUGGACGGUGUCGAGGUGCUCGGGCUCUACUUCUCGGCCUCGUGGUGCGCGCCGUGCGUCGAGACGACGCCGCUGCUCGCGUCGGCCUACGCGUCGCUGCGCUCGCGCGGCAAAGGGCUCGAGCUGCUGCUCGUGCCCCAGGACCGCUCCGAGGCCGCCUUCGACGAGUACCGCGGCAGGAUGCCGUGGCCGUCGCUCACGCUCGGCGGCCAGCUGCCCGCCGCCCUGAUGGGGCACUACCAGGUGACCAGCCUCCCCGCCCUCGUCCUCCUCGACAAGAGCGGCGCGCUCAUC